UAUCCUUGUGGAAUUCAGAAGGUUCUUCUCUUAAGAAGGUAAAAGAACACAGUGGAAGCAAGCCUCCUGACAUUUUCUGGCCCGAAAUGGCAGAAGAAUCAAGAAAGCCUUCUUCCCCCUCUUCUCCACAAGACCAGGCUCCUGAAGAGGACCUUGUCAUUGUCAAGAUAGAGGAGGACAAUGGGUGGGAACCGGAAUCAAGCCUGCAUGAGAAUAACUCUCCUGGCCAAGAACUCUUCCGCCUGCGCUUCAGGCAGCUGUGCUACCAGGAAACACUGGGACCUCGAGAAGCCCUGAUCCAGCUCCGGGCACUUUGCCACCAGUGGCUGAGACCAGAUUUGAACAGUAAGGAGCAGAUCCUGGAGCUGCUGGUGCUGGAGCAAUUCCUGACCAUCCUGCCCCGGGAGCUGCAGACCCUGGUUAAGGAACAUCAAAUAGAGAAUGGAGAGGAGGUGGUGACCCUGUUGGAGGACUUGGAGAGGCAGAUUGACAUCCUAGGACGGCCAGUCCUGGCUCGUGCACCUGGACAUCGAGUACUCUGGGAAGAGGCAACACAUGCAGAACCUGCAGCAGAGCCUCCACGUGCUGCUCUCCAACCUGUGACAGCCCCGUGUAAAUCUCCAGGGCUCCAAGGGCCUCAGGAGAGAGCCGUGACUGCUUCUCAGAGUUCCACCCCUUUCCAGAAAAGAAGUUCUGGAGGCCAGGAAGUGAUGGCUGCCCCUCUCAAUGCAGGGUUGCAGGCUUCAGGGAAGACUGAAGAUAAGCCCGUGUCCUUUAUUCAAGAGCGGUGGCUUCUUGAUCCAUUGAAGAAGGCUCUGAGUAGAGAUGACAGGCCAGAGAAUUGCAGAAACGUGUUCUCCCUGGGUGGUGAGACCAGGAAUGAGAACAAGGAAUUAGCUACGAAACAGGUAAUAUCUGCUGAAAUCCAGCCCCGUGGAGAGACAGCUGCCAGAUGCAACGGGGAUGUUAUCAGGGGAGAAGCCCAGGACCUUCUGGGCAGAUUAGAGAGGCAGCGGGGAAAUCCCACCCAAGAAAGACGCCAUAAAUGUGAUGAAUGUGGGAAAACCUUUGCUCAGAGCUCAGGCCUUGUUCGCCACUGGAGGAUCCACACUGGGGAGAAGCCCUAUCAGUGUAAUGUGUGUAGUAAAGCCUUCAGUUACAGGUCAGCCCUGCUUUCCCAUCAGGAUAUCCACAACAAGGUAAAACGCUACCACUGUAAGGAAUGUGGUAAGGCCUUCAGCCAGAACACAGGCCUGAUCCUGCACCAGAGAAUCCACACUGGGGAGAAGCCGUAUCAGUGCAACCAGUGUGGGAAGGCGUUCAGCCAAAGUGCAGGCCUUAUUCUGCACCAGAGAAUCCACAGUGGUGAGAGACCCUAUGAAUGCAGUGAGUGUGGGAAGGCGUUCAGUCAUAGCUCGCAUCUCAUUGGACACCAGAGGAUCCACACUGGGGAGAAGCCCUAUGAGUGUGAUGAGUGUGGUAAAACCUUCAGGCGGAGCUCACAUCUCAUUGGUCACCAGAGAAGCCACACAGGAGAGAAACCCUACAAGUGCAAUGAGUGUGGGAGGGCCUUCAGUCAGAAGUCAGGCCUCAUUGAACACCAGAGAAUUCAUACUGGAGAAAGACCCUAUAAAUGUAAAGAAUGUGGGAAAGCUUUCAAUGGGAACACUGGCCUCAUUCAGCAUCUGAGAAUCCACACAGGGGAGAAGCCUUAUCAAUGCAAUGAGUGUGGGAAAGCCUUUAUUCAGAGGUCAAGUCUCAUUCGACAUCAGCGAAUCCACAGUGGAGAAAAGCGGUAUAAGUGUGGUGAGUGUGGAAAGAAGUUUGCCCAAAGCUCAGGCCUCGUUCGACAUCGGAGAAUACACACAGGAGAAAAACCCUAUGAGUGUGAUCACUGUGGAAAAGCAUUCAGUGUGCGCUCAACCCUCACUGUACAUGAAAGAAUCCACACUGGGGAAAAGCCUUAUACUUGCAGUGAGUGUAAGAAAGCCUUCAGUGUGAGGGCACACCUGAUUAUACAUCAGAGAGUCCACAAUGGAGAGAAGCCUUAUGACUGCAACGAGUGUGGCAAAGCAUUUAGUGUGAGCUCAGACCUUAUAAAGCAUCAGAGAAUCCACACUGGUGAGAAACCAUAUGAGUGCGAUGAGUGUGGAAAAGCUUUCAGUGUGAGCUCAGCCCUUAUCAAACAUCAGAGAAUCCACACAGGAGAGAAGCCAUACGAGUGUAAGGAGUGUGGGAAAGCCUUCUAUGUGAACUCAGCCCUCGUUAACCAUCAGAGGAUUCACUCUGGAGAAAAGCCCUAUGAGUGUGGAGAGUGUAGAAAAGCAUUCAGUCAGAUCUCAACUCUUAUUCAUCAUCAGAGAAUCCACACUGGAGAAAAACCAUAUGAGUGUGAUGAGUGUGGAAAAGCCUUCCGUGGGAGCUCUAAUCUUACUAAGCACCAGAAAAUUCAUGCCAAGGGAAAGUACCAUCUGAUGUAAGUAAUGAAGAUACUGAGAAGCGUCAUCUUGCAUCAGAAGUUACAGUCAAAGGUACAAUAAAACAUAAACGCCUUAGUUGACACUUAGUGUCUUGGAAUAUUGAAGAAGUGAGAAGUCACUAAGAGGGACUCUUAUCAACAGAAUGUCUAAGGCUGUAAAAUAACUUCUGAGAACUCAUCAGGUGCUGUUUUAGUAGGCAGGGAUGCUGUAACAAACUGCCGCAGACUUGACUUAAAACAAGGGAAACUGAUUUGUACAUUGUUCUGAAGGCCACCAGCCUGGAAUCAGUGUGCUAGAGGACCACACUCCACAAGCUCCUAGCAAGAACCUUUCCUGGUUCCUUCCAGCCUCAAGAGUUCCAUCGACUAUAGCCCUAUCAUCCAGGAAAAAGAUGCCAACUGGCUGCAUGGUCCACUUGUUCUCUUAGGUCACGUGUCCUGCCUUAACCAAGCAGUCUGUUUCAAAGCAGAAUUUUCUCGAAGUCCAACUGAGAAGUUGAUGCCUGCAGACCAAAUAGGAGCUGCACACUGGACGGGUCUGCCCAGGGGCAGGGCACUGCCCGUAGGCACAGCAGACACUGCCUCACACCUGCGAGGACCUGAGGCACCCAGUGGAGCUCACUGAAGCUCAGGCCCCCAGGGCUGUGGUGGAGAAGCUGCCGUUCACUGCUCAUGGUUUUCAGCUUUAGAGGUAAUGAAAGCAGCAGCCUCUAACUGUAAAGUGGGUGGGAAAGAGAUCCCCUGAAAAAUACACCUCCUCAAUAAAGCAAAUGCUGACCCGCCAGCCACCCUGAAGUCACACCAGCACAUGCACGCUGGAGGAGAGCCUCUAGACGUCCUCCUUGCAGAGACCAUCGGUGUAGACCCACAUCCCAUUCAGCACAGGAAGAAAUGUCUCAUGCGAGUAGGGAAUGUGCCGCAAGCUUCAGCCACCUGUCGAGUCUCCAGUGGGCAGCCUUCUCCCCGAACUCUUGUGUCAGGACACAAGCACGCUGUAGAGAAGAGCCUCAAAGGGCUGUAAGCCUUGGCAAACAUCUGCCCUGGAGAAAAGCACUAUGGGCGUGAAGGGGCCGCUGUGGCCCAGUUGUGUUCAUCUACCCAAGACUCCAAAGGACACCACAUGAGUGACGUGGGAGAGAAGACUUUCAGUUGGAAGACAGUACAUGUUACCAGAAAGCUCCUAAGUGCAAAAAUGUAGGAAGACCUUCACGAAAAAAAUCCUAUCAGAAGCCCCACACUAGAGCCAAACUCUAUUCCCGUUAGUGCUUUCAGGAUGAUUACAGCAUUGGCUUAGUGCUUAAGGUCCAUCAGGAUCCUAUCUUGGAAAAAGCUCAAUGAGUGUAAGUAAAGCCUUCAAAAUGGAAAAGCCUUCAAUCAGAUUUCAGAUUUUACCAAAUACUGGAGAGUCCACACACUCCUAGGACCAAUUCAGGAAAAUCUUUUGAUGAACUCUACCACAUAUUACAGGCUAUAACUUAAUAAUAAAAUAUGAAGGCUGGCCAAAUAGCU